AUGGAUGGCGUUGAACGGAAUUAUUGCAAUUUUUUCUUUUCUAAAAUUGUCUGGCACCUACUCCAGGGACAACCUCGUUUAUCUCCUCAUUAUCAAUCUCACAUAGUAGUCUCACAUAAUAGUCUCACAUCCAUCAUGAAUCCGCUCAACAAAAUCAUCUUUCUCUCGGCAUUUCUCGCAUUCGGCUUUCUUCUAAUCCUCCUUUCCUGUGCUCUCUACAACAAUUGGCUUCCUCUCUGGGUCAUAGCCGUCUUUUUGGUGGCCCCUUUGCCUAACAUUAUUCUGUCAUCCAUUGAGAAUAAUAGAGACGACUUCUUGACAUUCAGUAAUGAUCAUGCCAACACUCCUCUGCCAUUACAGGAGUUUGCAAAGUUCUUCACUGGGCUCUUGAUCGUGAGUGGUGUGGCUCUUCCUUUGAUGUUGUACCACUGCUGGUUGAUAGAUUUGGGCUCGUUGGUCAUGAGUAUCACUGGUGGUUUGAUUGUGUACUCGGACAUUUGUGUCUUCAUCUGGUUUUUCAGUGAAUCAGAGGAGGAAAAUGAUGACUUCAACUUCUAA